GAGUGUAUACGCGUAGAAAGAACACAGCGCUCGGAUCGCGCUGGAUUCGCGAAAUGGGAGAUACCGGGUUAACCGGCCGAUGUACGGGAUUAUCGAGAUCGGUGCACGGAUAUACCGAUCCGCGCCUCCCUCCUCCGAGGGAUCAUUCGGCUGCCGAUUUCUUGCGCUUCGCGAUACCUGGAAAAAAAUCGCGACUGCUGUCAAACCGCUUCUCCUCCGUCGCCGCCGCUUUCGUAUUCCGCAAGCUGACUCAUCCGACGCUGUGUUUUCAAGUCCUCUCUCUCUCUCUCUCUCUCUCUCCUCAGUAAACGAUCGCAGGGUUUAACCCUUGCAGGUCCAGGCGGAGGCGUGGCGAAAACGAGAAGGAGAGAGAGAGAGAGAGCGGUUGCAUUCCAUAGCGAUCUCGGCGCAGGUAUACCCGCGGCGUCUCUCUCUCUCUCUCUCUCUCUCUCUGUGUGUGUGUGCCGGCGUCGUCCAUCUUUUUGCGAGCAUCCGACGAGAGGGACUACUGAAAAUCCAGGCACGCACAGUUGAGCCUGCGAAGCGCCGAGAUAUCCCCACCAGCUCGGCUAUCCACGGACACGCGCGCGUAACCUAUGCGCCUGUGUGUGACAUAAGCGUGAAAACGGCCGAAUCUAAAAUCCAGUAGUCAUCAAGCCGUCAGCCGAUCUACAACUCCUAUACCUCCUCUCUCACCACGUCACACAUAAUGUCGCUCGAGCAGAGAUUCGAAGAUGCCGCCGAGCGCGUAAAGACCUUAACGAAGCGGCCGACGGACCUGGAACUGCUCGAGCUCUACGCGCUGUUCAAGCAGGCGACCGUAGGUGACGUCAACACAGGUCGGCCGGGAAUGUUCGAUCUGAAAGGCAAGGCUAAGUGGGACAUGUGGAACAACAAGAAGGGCACGAGCAAAGAAGAAGCUAUGGAGGCCUACAUCAAGCUCGUCGACAAGCUCCUCGAGAUGUACAAGGAUGAGGAGGAGGAGGAGGAGUGAUAGCAUCCUUCACUCCUGAGGCGACGCUGCUGUGUCUAUCCUAUACUGUAUUUUAAUUCGUUAUACGCAUAUGUUGAUGCAGGUGUUCUUCUUCUGUAAGGCUACUUAUCCUCACUACUUUUGUAAGCGAUCUGCGUGUACCUUUUUCUACCACCAGACUCUGUUAUAUAUAUAUAUAUAUAUAUUUUAAAGUAUUCCAAUAAUCAUCGAUUUACAGUUACUGGCUUUUUUCAUUCGCACAUUCACACUGCAGUCUACUGCACGUCGAGGCCGACCUUCGCGCGAAUCGACGACUGUCCGCGAACACAGCACACAUUGUAUGCCUGGAAUUUGUUCGUUGCAAUGCAGUCGUUACAUUGUUCAUUGUUAAAUUUUAACAAGGCGCGCAUUACAUUAUAAGGCACGUACGCUCGUUACUCACCGCAAAAAAAAAACCCGGUCUCGUUACAUUCGGCGAACUUUUCGCAAACUCGGAAGAGAGACGGGGCAUCCCGAUAACGCGAGUACGAGUAUAUUACCCAUAUGCGAACAUGGCUUGUUAUACUCAUAGCAGCUAUAAGCGCAAUGCACGCUUUGCGCGGGGCUUAUCGAAUUUCCCCUCCUCCGAUGCGACCUCUCCUCUUGUCGCGACUUCCCUUCCUCUCCGCCGGCGCGUCUGACUCGCCUUUUGCAGCUGCCUUUGGCUUUAGUACUGCCCGCAGCAGCCGCCCGACGCACAUUCGGCUCAUCGCAGUUCCGGCUAUCUCUCUCACUCGAUCAGCAGUCCACUGGAAGCUAUCUUGCGAUCAUGUCCCUCGACGAGAACUUCAACAAAGCCGCGGAGGAGGUGAAGGAGCUGGCCUCGUCGCCCGCGGACGCCGACCUGCUCGAGCUCUACGCCCUCUACAAGCAGGCCACCGUCGGAGACUGCAACACCUCGAGGCCCGGUAUGCUCGACUUCAAAGGCAAGGCCAAGUGGGACGCCUGGAACGGCAAGAAGGGCAUGAGCCAGGAGGAGGCGAAGAAGCUCUACAUCGAGAAGGUCGAGGCCCUGAUCGCCUCCAUCGGCAAGAAGUGAUCGAGUAACGCUCGAUUCAUAGCACAAUUACACGUGGUUCUCACGACUUUUUGAUAUUAUUCUAUGUAAGAUAAAUGCAUUUUUCAAAGUGUCGCGUCGCGCACACACGGCAAUUUAUAUAUUACAGAGGAAUUGCUAGAUUCAUUGUUCGAUAGAGGCACGAUGAACGUUUUUUCUACACUUCGUAUUGCUGGAUUUCCAUUAUGCGUUUAGUUGAUUUAUCCUUCUGUUGAUUAUUUUCUGAUGCGAAUUUACUGUACACUUUCAUAUGUACGAUGAUCUACAAUCAAACUUGUUGUAUUUGAAAAAAAAAAUAAAGGUUAUUACAGAAAA